CCUGAACCGCCAGAAUCCUAUUCCAUAGCUGUGUCGAGUUCCAAAGCACAAGCCGACAUAGGCUGAAGGGCGCUGGAGAGGGAGUGUCGCGCUACAGCUGCAAAGUGGACUGACGAAAAACGAGCACGCCCACAAAUGCAGACUGCUUCACAGUGGUUCAUAGGCCUUAAGAAGCCUAAAACAAAAGGAAGCAAGUCAAACAGCGCGAGAGAAAUGACGUCGACUGUUUCAAAGCUGUGCAGAAGGAAAGGAGGAUGCAAGAAUAGCAAGAGAAGAGAGUAAAGUAAAGUAAAGUAAAGUAGGGUGUACUGGUCACAGGAUUUGCGGCAACGUGCGCCUCCAAGCGCUGCUCGAGCUCCAGACGCAGCGAGGGGUGAAACAGCAGGUAUGUGGGGCGUGGAACAGCAUCCACCGCAGCCAGCCACUCAGCCGCCAGCGGCGCCGCCACAGUGGCGGGUUAGCCUGGACCAGCUGUGGGUGGCUAACGCUGCGGGGGCUGUGUCCUACGUCCACUACACGGGGCGGCUCUUGGAGCCUGGGCCUGGCGUGCUGCCCCCGGCGGUGGAUGGGGCGUGGCAGCCUGCCUGUGUGCUGCAGCAUCGCAAGCCGCGGCACCUGUGGACCUUUGAAGAGCGGGCGGCGUACGAUGCAGCAUCACCAGGGGAACGGGCGGGGGCGUGGCCUCGGGCGCCGUACUUCCUGGCGCCGGAGGCUGGGGUGGUGGUGCACCCGGAGCACUGCCGGAUUGCGGGUGUCAGCUUAGCGGACUACACGGUGCGGGACGUGCGGCGGGCCAUCACCGCGGCCAACCCGGCCGCACCUCCGGCUCCGGCCCGCCCCGCAGCCAUGCCGUGCCCGGCGCCAACACAGCAGGCGGGGGGUUCGGGGCCCCAGCCAGCGGCACAGUCGCGGCUGGCGAAGCGGGAGGCGGAGUGGCAGCGUGCAGCGGCGCAGCUGACCACCACGGCGGCGCAGCAUUUCCACAAUAACCCGGUGGCUCUGGACCCCUGGCUCCACCGCACCUCUGCGGCAGCCGGGCUGCAGAACACGCCGGCGAGGACGUGGCUGCAGCAGCUGUGGGCCUGCGUUGCGCCCCAGGCAGCGGCGCCACCAGUGACGGACGCGGGCUUCAUGCUGGGGGACCGCAUGGGUAUGUGGGCCUCAGGCCCGCGGGGGGCGGGCGCGCUGCUGUGGAGCACUUUGCGGGCCACCUUCUUGUACGCCGUCUGGUGUGCGUACUGGUCCCGCGAGCCUGCUAAGCAGACGUCGGAGCAUGUGGUUCGGGAGGUGGUCACCGAGCUGCGCAGGGUGAUGCAGCUGCGUUUCACUGCCGCCACGCUAACCCCUGACACCCUGUCGGCUCUGCCCACUCAGCUUCUCACCGCACAGCUCAAGGCGGCUAAGCUGGAGCACUUUCUUGCCAUCUGGUCGGCGGGUGGCGCGCUUUGUGAAGUGGAGGAGGUUCGGGCUCUGGCUGGCGUCGCAGCACCUGGGCGGCUGUGGGACUUCCUGCACAGCGCGUCUUGCAGCGGGCUGGAGCCCGCUUAGUCAGCGCCACAUCUGGCCCGUUUAGUUUUCUGCUUGUGUCUCCUCUGCCGGUUCUGCUGGGGUGUUGCUUAAGCAACCGACUUGUGGGGGUGGGGUGGGUUUGGGCGGGGCGAGUGCGUAGCGCUGGUGUUUCUUUUUCUGGCGCGCGGUGGUGGUGGUUCUUGCGGUUAGGCUGUGGUGUAGGUUGGUGCUUGGGUUAGGUCUGGCGGUGUUUUUGUGCAACCCCUCCCGGGGGGCGGGGGGGCCAGCCUCCUGCUCUGUCUGCCGGGUCGGGGUGGGGUGGGGUGGGAUGGAUGGGGGUGGUUGGUGGCGGUUUUCGAGGUGUUUGUUCUCUGUUUUUCUUCUCUUCUCUCCUCUUCUUGCCCUGUCAGGGUUCUGGUCUCGGGGACCAGGCUGCUUUCAGGCAGCAGGGGGGCAGCGCGUCUGCCCCUGUUCAACCUUGUAAGGAUGAUUCCUC